AUGGCCAGUUCACGGUGUCUCUCCCGCCGUAUUGGGUCAUUCACAAGGCGGUGUGGGUCCCAUUGCGCAACAUGCGAGGACCACGGCGACGCGGACUUGAUUGCUCAAACGGUUACGAGGGGUCCGCAUUUAUACUCUCGAAGAGCUUGCUUGGCCACUCCCCGCGUUCCACCAUUGCACUUUGACUUCGCAGGGAGACACCCUACACGCUCUAGCCCUGUCCCUAAGCCACUCAAUAAUUUCGCCAGCUGGGAAAAACUCCGUGAAGCCAAUCAUGAAUUGACGAAGAGGAUCUUGCGUGUCCCCUUUUAUCAUGCACGUGGCUUACAACGAAAACAAGCUGCCCGUUAG